AUGUGCCGCUUGUCAGUAACAGAAGAAGUUUCAUCAGCUAUAGCAGAAUCAUUAGCAGCAGCAAUAGUAGAAUUGGCAUCAUCAGUAGAAGUAGCAGUGGUCGAACCAUCAUCAGUAACAGAAACAGAAGUAUUUACAACAGCAUUAGCAGAAUCAUUAUCAGAAGCAGCAGCAGCAAAAGGAGCAACAACAGAAUUGACAUCAUCAGUAGAAGCAGCAGUGGUCAAACCAUCAUCAGUAACAGAAGCAUUUACAGAAUCAUUAUCAGAAGCAGCAAAAGGACUAAAAGUAGGAUUAACAUCAUCAGUAGAAUCAGCAGUGGUCAAACCAUCAUCAGUAACAGAACCAUUUACAGCAGCAUUAGCAGAAUCAUUAUCAGAAGCAGCAGCAGCAGCAAAAGGAGCAACAGCAGAAUUAGCAUCAUCAGUAAAAGCAGCAGUGGUAGAACCAUCAUCAGUAACGAAAACAGAAGUAUUUACAGAAGCAUCAGCAGAAUCAUUAUCAGAAGCAUCAAAAGGACUAAAAGUAGGAUUAACAUCAUCAGUAGAAUCAGCAGUGGUCAAACCAUCAUCAGUAACAGAACCAUUUACAGCAGCAUUAGCAGAAUCAUUAUCAGAAGCAGCAGCAGCAAAAGGAGCAACAGCAGAAUUAGCAUCAUCAGUAAAAGCAGCAGUGGUAGAACCAUCAUCAGUAACAAAAACAGAAGUAUUUACAGAAGCAUCAGCAGAAUCAUUAUCAGAAGCAGAAAAAGGAUUAACGGCAGAAUUAGCAGCAUCAGUAGAAGCAGCAGUAGCCGAACCAUCAUCAGUAUCAGAAGUAUUUACGGCAGCAUCAGCUGAAUCAUUAUCAGAAGCAGCAACAGCAGAAUUGGCAUCAUCAUUAGUAAGAGAAGCAGAAGCAUUUCAGCAGCAUUAG